CACAAAGGUUCUGCGAAAAAGCAAAACGCAAAGAAAUCGUAAUUGGCACCAAAUACACUGCCAAGCAAUUGCGCAUCGCAACAACACAAAAGGGCGAAAAAACAACACGUGCCAUCUUUGGUUGAUUGAUUUAUUUAUUGAUUGCUUGAGUCAUUCGCAAUGAAACCAACGAGCACAGCGCUUCGCCAAUUCCUCACGGGUGCACUCGGUACGGUGGUCUUGUCAUCGACCCUCUCCCUGGGCCGGCAGCCGGAACAGGAGCCCCGGCAACGAGCCGAACACCAACACGAACACGCGCAGAGCGACCGUCUUCGCCUACCGAAUGCCGGUGUUGUCCGUGCGGGCCUCGCGAUCGGGGGGAAACCCGACGGUUCCGUUCUCGGCGGUGUUUCCCGUCCCGAAACUACAAACCAAGACAGCGACGGCGUUCUCGACUCGUCUUCGGGGGACCCACCAGGCUUGUUGCAGAACUCCCAGACGGAAGGACCGGCGCCUCCGAAAGGCUCUCGGUGCCACCCCGACCUCGGCGUCCUGGCCUGUCCCAAGCGGGGAGAAUCCUGUCAGUUAUGGCAGCCGGGGGGCAGCGACAGCCACAACGAUAGCGAAAGCAACCCAAAAUGGUAUUGCCAGCAGACUCGGGCACCGCCAACCCCCCACAAGGCAUCCCGGGACCACGGCUUCCACCAAUUGUUCCCCCGCUUCCUCCAGGUAGCCGACGAGGCGGCCGACGACGACUUUCUUCCCGCCGCCCAGUUCCCCCCCUCGGGCGAGGUCUACGACUACUGCACCUAUCACAAGCAGCUCGAGUACAACUACUACUCGACCAUCGAGAUGCCCUCGGCGUGGGACCGGUGCGCCUGCGAGGGGUACGGCUACCAGCUCCCGAACCAGGAAUCGUACUCGGACGUUGAAUACUGCCACAGGAUCAACAUCUAUUACUGCAAGGCGUACUAUGCCGAGGAGAGCGAGCGGCCCUCCGGCUUCCACAACCCCUCCGCCUACGACAAGUGCCUGUGCGCGACCUACUCCGAGUCGGGCUACGAGGAGUACAUCCCGGGCAAGAACCGGAACUUUUGCUCCGACCUGCCGACGCGGUACUGCCAGUACUACUUUCCCAACGGCGACCUGGUGGGGGAGGCGGAGUGCCUCUGCGAGAGCUUCGGCCAGCAGGACAUGUGCGACUUUGUUCCGCCCGAGGGAUGGGUCCCGCCGACCCCGGCACCGCCCGUCGCACCGGUGGUCCCGACGGAGUUCCCGACCCGGACCCCGACCAAGGAGCCCACCCCGGCUCCCUCGGUGUCCCCGACCCAGAGGCCCACGGGGAGCCCCACCCAAAAACCGGUGCGUCGAAUCGAAUCCAAUCCAAUUGAAUCCAUCGUGUCGUCGUGCCGUAUUCCUGCUCUUUGCUGCCAAUCUCUGGAUAGUCUUCGUUUGCAAACCUGUCUCUUUUUCUCACGUGUAUCGUUUCUCGCGUGAUUCUUUCUCUCGUCUCGUGUGUUCCAAAACGAAAACGAACUCAAAAACGAACUCAAAAACGACCCGAUCGACCCCACCGAACCCGCCAACAGACCGCCGGCCCCACCGCCCUGCCGACACCGGCUCCGACAAAGCCCCCCACGGUGGCUCCCAGUGGCGUCCCCUCCGGCGAACCGUCCGGAGAACCGACGCUUCCCCCCUCGGCGGCCCCCAGCCCCGCGCCGACGCCCCCGCCGACCAAGGCGGCGUCCAAGGCCACCCCGAGGCCCCGGCCGGUGGCACAGGUGGGCCACUCGGGCCAGCAGGAACCGCAGCCGCAGCUUGUCCCGGCUCCCCGGCCGGUUCCGGUCGGAAGCCCCACCAAGGCACCGAUCGACCAGAGCAUCCCGGUCAUGAAGCCGAGGCCCGCGGGCCAUGCCACCAAGAACACCAGCGAGGGCGUCGCCACGAUCCCGGUCAUGAAGCCGAGACCCCCGCCCCGGCCCGCAGAGGUCGAGUCCGGUGGAAGCGGUCCCUCGAAACAGGGCACGCAGGAAGAACCCCGACCCCAACAAGAAAACGAAGAGGAAGAAGAAGAUGGAAGUUCCCAUCCGCACCAGCAGCUGCUCAACCUGGAACUGCACCGAACCACGCAGAUAUCCGGUCUGCGGCGGCAGCCCAAGAUCGACGAGCGGCCGGGGAAAGCCCUGCGGCUUCCGGCAUCGUAACACGGCGGAGCUGCACGCCACACAACGCAAGGCGUUCACGAGAUCCGGUGUGCCUGCAGAGAGUGUUUGCAGAGAAUGUUUCCAAUACUAGAUUUCUUGUACUUUUAGCACGUUUCUUUUUCCGAUUUGUUGCUGCGGCAUUCUUCUAUGGAGUUGAGCCCAGCGUACCUGUGUAGAUUGGCAGUGUGUGUUCCUACCCUACCCUACCUUCCCUUGCGUGCUGCUCAUCGUUGGGAAAAGAACUCGAGCCGUUCGCCAUCGCUUCCUUCUACUGGGUUGGUUCCAUCGGGCCUUUUGUGUCCUUCCGUCCAGAUUGUGGUGGCCACUACUAGCUAUGCGCGUUUUUGCUACUAAUAGCGGGUUACUGUUGUUGUUGCUACUGGUAUUUCUUCUUGUGCAAAAAGAAAGGGAAACCGCAGCUAUAAACCAAUCCUAUCCAC